UUGGAUAAAAGACCAAAAUACAUGGAUACACGAGAAGAAUUGUCAGUAUUGAAAGAUAUGGUAUAUAUUGUUCUUCAAGAGUUGGCUGAAGAUGGUAAAAUUAACCCUGAACUGUUUACGAUUCAUGACCAGAAAGCCGUAGUUAAAAGAAUGAAGUAUAUGGGUAUUUGCAUGAGGAGAACCAAAUAUAACGCUGUGGUACCUUACCCAUGUCUCCGUUCAGGUAUGCCUUAG